UGGCGGCCAUAUUGAAUUUCAUAUUGACAGUUGUUCCAAAGAUUUUGCAUCCGAGGUACAAGAAAGUGAAAGGUAUUAGUGGAAUAAUCAGCGAUUUCAGGACAUUUGUCCUUAACCUUUAAUGGUUCUGUUUCAACCAAGACAUGGACGAAGAUGAACGACAGAGGAAACUAGAUGCUGGAAGAGCAAAGCUUGCUAGCUUCCGACAGAAAAGGGCGAAAGGSGACGGUCAAGUCGCGCAGAAAAAGACGCAGAAGAGGAAGGGCCCGUCUCCAACGCAGAAUGACGGCCCAGCACAAGGUCGCCCCCUAGGGAUGGACCUCCAGACAGACGGCAACGCCACACAGCAGGACCGCAUGUGUAACCAUGAGGAACCACAAUGUUUUGGGGAGACAGAUCAGAGCCAUCUUCCAGAGGUCCAGUGGAGCCAGGGGCACUUGGAGCAACGCCAUCCCCAGGASGGAAGCAGUGUCCUGGGGAGGCAGGCGGUCAGUGGGCAUCCUGAGGAGAUAGAGGUUGUGGGAGAGGAGGUCCUAGUGGUUCGCACUGGAAAAGAUCAGCUCAAGCAGUUACAGGCAGCAGUAGAGAAACGUAAUGAGAUCAUCAGCAGACUGAGCUGUAACCUGCAGGAGGCGCUGGAGAGCAGAGACCAGGUACAGCAGGAGGCGUUCUCCCUCACUGGACAGAUACAGGCCCUGAAGAUGCAGCUACAGCAGACCUCUCAGUUCUUUCGAUCCAGGACCCAGUGGGGCUCAGAGCUCUCCCUAGCCCAGCAGCAGGCCUCUCGGCCUGGCCACAGCUCCCACAACCUUCCCUCACUCCCCAACCACCUGGAGGUCCCAUUAACAGAACCAGGGAACCAAAUACGCACACUCAGAAUGGAACAUGAACAGACUGGAGCUGGGUGUGUGAGCCCAGAACAAUGUAUUGAUCCUGAGAUGGAUGUACUGAUGCACACAUUGAGGAGAGAGCUGCUAGAGGAGAGGGAGAAAAACCAGCUCAUUCUUUCCCAACUAGAAGAGGAGAGGAAAGGGAGGGAGGAGGAGAGGAGAGAGAUCCACCAGUACACGGAGGAGAAGGAGGUGUUGAAUAGGGAAUUGCAUGAGCUAAGGAGGAGACUGGAGGAGGAGAGGGAGAGAAGGAACGAGAGGGAGGAUGAGCGAGAGUUCAGGGAAAGACGGGAAGAGGAGAAGAGGAGACAUGGAGAGGAGGUGCAGAGAGUCCGACAGCUGUUGGGGGAGAGAGGGAGAACGAGAGAGGAGUUGGGAUUCAAGGCUUCUAAAGACAAGCUGAACCAGGCAAAGGCUAGUGUGGAGGAGGAUGGAGAGAGGGAGGAGGAGAGAGAGGAGUGCCUUCUGGACCUGUCCCUCCCCACUGUUGGCACCCCGCUGUCGGAGUGCUACCUGUCCUCGGCCCUUCCCUCACACACACACUUGUCCUGGGCCGAUGAAACUCUGGAGGAGUGCAGCCUUCUGGAAGAGCACAACCUGCUGGAUAACUCUGGCAACUACAGGUUUGAGCUGGACAGUGACAUCAUCAGCGGUGGUGACCAAUCCCAGCUGUCCUUUUCGCAGGAAGAACAGACUCACUUUUCUGUCCCACAAUCCACUGCACAGUCCCCCCACCCUGACCCUGAGAACGAAACCUUGCCCUCUUUCGUCUCCCAGUGGCAGAACGACCCCCUCUCUGUCUCUCGAGACGCCAGCGAGACCUCUGAGAGACUCCGUGAGACGUCGGAGAGUCAGGAGGUCUCAGACCUGGGCAAGGAGCUGCUCAUCCAGCAGUGUGGAGACCUCAGCGAGGAGGUGGCUCUGAGGGAGCGGGAGAAGGAGGUGGUGAUGGAGGAGUUGAGGAGGAGCGCUGAGGAGCUGGAGGAGGCCAGGGCCAGGUGGGCCCAGGUCUCCGAGGAGCUGCAGGAUGCGCACUGGGWGCUUGAGGAGGWGCGAGAGAAGAGGAGGAGAGCUGAGSAGGAGGUCAGCCUGAAAGCACACGAGGAGGACAAUCUGAAGAACAGACUCUGCACCUUAAUGGAGGAGAGAGAGAAAGAGAUGGAGAGACUCAACUCCUCUCCUCUCCUAGAGAAGGAGGGAGGUACCCUCCCCAGCCAGGAACGAGUGAUGGAACAGCUAAAAGCGGAGAAAUCUCUCCUCCUCGCUCGUCUAAAACAGCAGGAGGAGCUGCUCUCCUCUGUCCGGUUUGAGAAAGGAGGCAACAAGGAGAAAGAGGGGGAGGUGGAGGAGGAGAAGGGUGUCCUCCUCUCCAGGUUGAGGCAGCAGGAGCAGCUGGUCUCCUCUCUGCAGGAGGUGAAACAGGCAGGAGACUCUGUCUCCUCUGAAGUCCAUAGCCAACAGGCCCUGGAGCUGGAGGCGCUGCGUCUGAGCCUGACCAACCACCAAACGACCCAGCUAGAGCUCUCCCAGGCCAACCUGCAGCGGGAGCGGGAGGCCUCUCUAAGCGAGCUCCAGGCUUCCCUCAGGGAGAAGUGGGCCCAGGAGAGGGCCGUGCUGCAGGCCAGACAGCAGUUUGAGGUGGAGAGGCUGAGAGCUGAGUGUGAGGAGAGGAUCCAGCGAGAGCAGCAGGAGUAUCAGAGGAACAUGGAUGCUCUGAGGCAGGAGUGUGAGAGUCGUCUCUCCCAGGAGAGAGCGUCCAUGGAGYAGCGGCAGGCUACAGAAAUAGUGGCCUUGAGGUCCCGGUGGCAGCAGGAGUCAGAGAAMCCCCAGURAGAGCUCCAGACACAGCUGUCAGAGGCUCGGGUAUCACUCUCCUCUACCCAGGCAGCCUUCACCCAGACUGGGGCAGAUCUGUCCGAGGRCCAGGCUAGCKUGGAYGAGCUCCAGAGGCUGGAGGGGGAGCUGAACCAGGCCUGGACRGACAGGGACGCUGCUGCCCGUGCAGUAGAGGAUCUGGUGUCCAGACAUCAAGUGGUGCUGCAGGAGAGAGAGGAGAAAACACGGCAGCUACAGCAGGAGGUGUGUCGUCUGCAUGGGGAGCAGGUGACUCUGAGACAGACUUGUGACCAGGAGGUCUCUCAGCUCUGGGCUCAACUAGACAACAUGAGGACCAGCCGCCAGGAACUGGGAGAGUUGAAGGAGCAGCUGRUAGCUCGUUCGUCGCGGGUGGAUGACAUCGAMCGUCUGAAGGUGGAGUUUAACGAGCAGAGGCGGGAGAUCAAUGAGCAGAACGAYGUCGAGCUGGAGAACCUGAGGAGGUACUUUGAGCAGCGUCUGCGAGUAGCAGAGGAGAGCUACCGAGAGGAGAUAGCCCUGCUGCAGCUGAGACUGGUGGAGGGAGCCCUGGAGGACUCUGUACUCAAGACCCAGGAUGCUAGUUUCCUGUCUGAAGGGAGAGGGGAGGAGGAGAAGAACGAUGCUCUGGCUGAGAUCACACUGAAACUGGAGAAACACCAGGAGGCYUUUGACCAGCUGCGUAUCCAGUUGGAGGAGAGACACACUCAGGAACUGUCUAACCUACGGUCCUCUAUGGCCCUGUCCUACAGAGAGGAGCUGCUACAGGUGCGUUUGGACCUGACUGAUCGUUACUAUGGCGACCUGCAGGAGCUGAAGACUCGCCACGCCCUCGAGAUGGAACAACUCCGCGCUAAACUGUCAGACAGCCAUGUCAGAGAGCUGACGAGAGUGCGUCUGGAGGCUGCCAGACAGGUGGAGGUGGAGGUGGAGCAUAGGAUGUGGUGUCACUCUGAGGCGCUGCAGACCAGAACGACCAUGAUCCAGAACCUGGAGACACAACUGGCUGCCGUGGCAGACACACACAACAUGGAGCUACGCUCACACACUAUAAAGCUGAAGCAGAGCGUUGCUGAGGAGCUGGGUGUGAAACUAGCAGAGGAACGUAAGGAGGAGAGGGAGCGAGUGAUGGAGGAGAUGACCCUGAGGAGAGUGGAGGAGGUGCAGAGGCUCAGACAGGAGCUCCAGGAGGAGGGGGAGGCACGGGUCUCUGCCCUGAGAGAGGAGCUGGAGAGAGGGAUGGCGGAGGAAAGGAGAGCUCUGGAGAAAGGGAUUGAGGAGGCGAGAGCGGCGCUCAUAAGUCUACAAGCCUCACGGGACAACGACCAGAACCCCCAGGCGGUGGUAGUGAGACAGAGACUAGAGUCCCAGUACGAAGCUGAGCUGGCCAGGGCCAAGUCCACCAUGGCUGCUGAGGUCGAGGAGCUGACCGCUCUUCUUCAGGAGCAGGGAGACCAGAGGCUACGCCAAGCCCAGGACAGGUUCCAGGAGGAGAGGGGGGAGUUGGAGCAACGUCUGGCCCAGAAGGGUGAGGUUUCUCUCGGGGAGCUGAGUAAGGAACACAUGGCCGCCAUGGAACUCCUGAAAACCACGCUACUGACCAACCACACGAAGGACAUGGACACACUACGAACCAAUCACAAAGCAGAACUGGAGUCCUUGUUGGCCAAUCACAAGGCUGAGCUCAAAGCAAUGGCAACAGAGAUGGCAACAAAACACAAGGAGGAGCUUGUUGUCUUGGAAACCAGCCUUGAAUCAAAACGCAAAGCAGAGCUCGAUCUCCUGGAGGCAGUCCUACAGGAAACCAAUCAGGCUCAGCUAGAGGCACAGGAGGCGGAGUUAGAACACUGGCAUCAGGAAGAGAGGGAGGAGCUGGAGAAGAGGAUGCUGGGUAAUAUGGACACACUGGAGACCACGUACCUGAGGGAGAUCCAGACUCUGCGUGAUCAGAAGUCUGCGCUUGAGGCGGAGCAUAUGCAGGAAGUGGAGUGUGAAAGGUCAAGGCUUAACCAGAAAGUGGAGCGUGAUGGGUUGGAGCAGCAGUCCGUCAUGGAGGAGCUGAGGAAGAAGCUGGCUCAGCUUCACAUGGAGAAGUUUAGCGCCAUGGCAACAGAGCUCAGCCACACCCACCAGAAUGAGUUGACAAUCCAGAAAGAGYCCUUAGCAGCUCAGUUGUCUUUCCAGAGAGAGGCCUUAGAAGCUCAGUUGUCUGUCCAGAGAGAGGCCUUAGAAGCUGAGCACCACAUGGCUCUGGAGGCCCUCAGGAAAAAAGUCUUGGAGUUGGCGCAACAGCACUGUACCGCCUUAGAGGAGCUCACACGCACCUACACCUCAGAGACACAGCAACUCAACACACAGCACCAGCAGCAGCUUCAGGAGCGAAAGAGUGCGUCUGCGAGAGCGCUACAGGCGUGUCGCCAGGAGCUGGAGGAGUCAUCAUCACGGCAACGGCUGCACUUCCUGGAAGAGGUUGAGCUUCUGAAGGCCCAAGCAGAGGGGAGACUUCAGCACAACAUCAUCCAACUGAAGGCGGAGUUUGAGGAGCAGAAGGAGGCGGAGCUAGCAGAACAGAGGCAGAGCUUCAUGUCUGAGCACGAGCAGAAGGAACAAAGCUACACUGACAAGAUGAGCCAGCUCACUGCACAACUGCUACAGCUGGACACCGUGGUGUCACAGCUGCGAGCGGAGGUGGGUAAUCUACAGGGGGAGUUGGAGGGGAAGAGGUCAGAGAUGGAGACCCUGGAUGCACUCCUCCAACGGCGAGAACGAGAGAGUCAGGAGGGAGGCAACCUCCUCAACAUGCUUACUGAGGACCUACACACUGCCAAGGAGGAGAGGCACACUCUCCAGUCAGCCAAUGAGAGGCUAAAGAAGGUUCUGAUUGAGGUGGUUCUGAGCACCAUGGCAAUGGAGGAGCUAAUUGGCCGCCGGGUCAACGCCUGUGUCGGGGUCAGAGGUCAUGAUCAGGGUGAGAGGCCAGGAGAGGAAACAACCAAUCAGGAGACAGACAUGUCGACAGGCGAUCUAGAUCUCUCUCAGCGUGUGUGUGCGAGCCUUCUACUGACAGAGUCCCAAACAAACUCUGGAGGAGAGGAAGCAGCCCUGGGAGAGGAAGCAGCCCUGGGAGCCUGCAGCCAACUACGCCACUCUGUGGACACACUCCUGCAGCUCCUCACACGCGCUAGCACACAGUUGGAGGAGUCUUGUUCUGUCCAUCUGUCUCUGGAGGAGAGAUUUUCCCAGGGCCGUUCAGACUCCUCCCAGAUGCUGCUCCAACACCAGCUCGUAUUGGAUCAGCUGGACCAGGAAGCGGGGCUAAAGAGCAAGCUCCAGCUGGAGCUCCACAAGGCCGAGGGUCUGUUGGAGGGCUAUGUGGCUGAGAAGGCAACUCUGGAAGAAUCUCUACAACAAAAGGAGGCUCAGGAAGAACGGCUUGUUGAGGAGCUGGAGGGCCUCCGGGCGCAGCUGCACCAGAAGGAAGCCCUCACCUCUGAGCUGGAGGACCUCAGGGUGCAGUUGCAGGAGCUCAGCGAGGAGCACAGUCUCCUCCAGCGCCAGAAGGUCCAUCUCACCGCCGGACUGGGAGAGAGAGAAAAGGGACUCCUCGUUGAGGCAGAUCGUCUGGCCCAGGAGAGGCUGUGUGUGCAGCGGCAGGCGGAGAAAGACCGCAGCUCACUGUCUCUGCGCCUCAGGGCUCUGGAGACCGAGCUAGAGGAACAGGAGAACCAGGGCCUCACGGCGGAGCAGCAGCACAGGGCUCAAUCAGAGGACCUCCAGCAGCGCGUCCAGGCCCUCGAGAAACAGCUCAAACACAACAGGCAGUUUAUAGACGAGCAGGCAGUGGAGCGGGAGCAUGAGAGGGAUGAUUUCCAACAGGAGAUCAGAAAUCUGGAGGCUCAGCUCAGACAGCCAGCCAGACACACUGCUGGGGCCAGCAAGGGCCAGCGGAUUGAGGACUUGGUUCUGCAGGUGGAGAGCCUUCAAGCCCUCAUCAGGGACAAGACAGAAGACCACACCUCCCUGCUGGCAGCCAAUCAACAGGUCCAGCUCGAGGUUGCUGAGCGCAAUGAGGAGAUUGACAAGCUGGCUGGGCGAAUUAGGGAGCUGGAACAGGCGUUGCUAAGCAGCUCCGAGAGCAGCAGAGCUGUCAGUCAACUGGAGCAGGAGCUGCACAGAACUCGGCAGAGAGAAGAGGAGCUCACACAGGAUAAGGAGUCAUUGCAGCAGCAGCAGUUGUCAAAUCGUCUCCAGAUUUCAGCGCUGCAGUCUAAACUGGACGAGACCCGUCACUGUUACCGUGACAAUGCUAGCACCCCCGACCCCAUCCAGCUUCUCCGAGACACGUUGGACACCGCACAGCAAGACCUGCAGGACAAGGAGCAACAGGUGUGUGUGUUGGUUGGUCAAAUGGAGGAGACUCAGAGAGACCUGACCAUAAAAGAGGCGGAGUUAAAACACCUCACACUCCAGCUGGAGCUCCUGACCAAUCAGAACACGGAUACCAUCACCCAGCUUCACGACCAAGUCGCUUCUCUCCAAGAGACAGUUUCAGCCCUUACCUUUCGCCUGGAGGAGAGAGAGAUAGGAGAGGAGGAGAGUCUCCCAUCUGCUCUGUUAGAGGAGAAGAAUGACGAGAUAGACCACCUGACCCAGGAGAUGCACAAGCUGGAACUGGAGCUGGACACAGCCAGGGACAUCACGGCCUUCCAGACAGAACUUGAAGACCUCCGCUCCCAGGUGGAGCACCUCCGCUGUGACGUCAUCAGGGUGCGUCAGGACAAGCAGGAAGAGGAGGAGCGGCUUCACGAGGUCAUCAGCACGCUACAGGCGGAGCUAAACACCCUUGGCCCCGCCUACCACGAGGUCAGCGACCUAUCACAAGAGGGCGACAGUGUUAACCCUUCGCCUGCUCCCAGCCCGGAACCUGCCAACUACCCCCAACCAGAGAGAGGAGGACCGAGAGGAGGAGAGGGCGACAGUCUUAAGCAGGAGAUGCGUCGCCUCCACUCCUCUUCUCAUUCUCGUUCUCUCCGUUCUCGUGUGGAGGCCCUGCAGGGGCAGCUGGAGGUGACGGUGGGAGAGAAGGAGGCGAUGGAGAGACUGCUGCUCUCUCAGGAGGAAGAGUACAGAGGACAGGGGGAGGAGCUGGGGAGGAGGCUCAGGGAAGAGCGGGAGAGAGGGGAUGAGGUAAAGAGAGAACUCAAUCUAAAAGAGUCUGAACUUGAAGAGGUGAGAGCCAGGAAAGAAGGGCUGGAGGAGGAGAGGGAUGCAGCUGUGGAGGAGAGUGGUCGCUGGCAGGCUCUUGCCCAGGAGACUAACUCCCUGCGAGGGGAGAAAACUCAGCUAGACUCCCUGGUCCUGGAGCUAAAAUCAAGGGUUGAAGAGCGGGAGAAAGAGACUGAAGCCCUUCUACAGACCGUGGUGGCUGUCGAGACGGCGAAGGCAGAACUUUCGUCAGAACGCGAGGCCUUGCGGAAGAAGGAGUGCAGACUCCAAGAGGAAAUAGAACGCCUCCAGCAGGAAGUGACCUCUCAGAGGGCCUGCCUCCAGGAAGUCAGCCGUCAACUAGAGGAGAGGCGAGCCAACCAGGAGGAGGCUCAGAAGGAAGUGCUGACGUGUGCUGAGGAGACUCUGGCGAAGGCUGACGCUGCCCUGAGACAGAGGGAGGAGGAGCUACAGAGACUAGGGGCGGAGCAUCAAGCCCUGGGGACAGAGUUAGCAGCUGUGAAGGAGGGUCUUUGCUCCAGCACAGAGAGAGCUGAGAAACUACUGGAGGAGGGACAGACCAAGGACCGGGCCCUGGCUGACCUGGAAACCAAUAACCAGCAUCUGAAAGCGGAGCUCCGGGGCCUACAGGAAGACCUGGCCGUGCAGGAAGAGGAGCUAGCCUAUCAGCAAGGAGAACUGCUGCAGCUCAGACAGACCUGCAACCCGCACAACAGACAGACACACUCAUUGAAGGACGUCACGCCCAGAGGAUUCCAGGACGGUGUGUCUCGCAACGGGUCCCUGAGUUCUCCCGAGGUUCUCCGUCGACUGGACUGUUCUGAGGAGAGAACCAGAGAGGACAGGUUCCACCCCUCUGUUCUCCACGGUUCUAGACUUUCUGACCUCAGUGCUUUAAACGGCACAGGCCUGGAGCUCCAGGCUAAAGCCUCCCCCAGGGGAAGGCAAGAACAGUCCUGCCCAGGGACAAUCAGCCCAGAGCUGGGCACACACAGCACCCACUCCCCUGGGUCCAUCUCUGCCUCGGACAACCUCUCCAUGUUGGACUCAAUGGACGCUGACAAGGUGCAUGAGCUGGAAGCCCUGGACCUGACGGCCCCUCCCUCAUCUCUUGGCUCCCCCUCUUCUCUAUCUGCAACGGACUGGGCCAGUGAUGGAUAUGGCAGCAAUGUCAGUUCAGAGCUCGGUGUAAGACUCAAGGUAGAGUUGGAGCAGACAGAGAGGCUGGACGCACAGUUCUUGGAGUACCUGCGUUGUCGAGGCAUGAACCCCGCAACCAACACACACACAGGCAGCGCCGCCGGGAGUAUGAGCUACAACGACGAACUGUUGUCUCCUGAACUACAGGGUCUGUUGAAGAGAGUGUACCAGGAGAGCUGCAGGGUUCUCGCCCUCUCCCAGCGUAACGCCCCCUCUAACCACCUCUCAUUGGACCAGACGAUCUGUCAGUUAAACUCUAAAGCUCCUCCAAUGAGUUGGGAGCAGGAGAAGAGGGCGUUACAGGAAACUGUCAUCGCUCUGAGAGAACUGCUCUGUCGGAUGGCACAAAGACCGGAGAACUCGGUGGAUGCUGGUUGGAGCAGAGGGCUGCAGGCUGCAGUAAGGGGUGUGUUUGACUCUGAGAGGGCAGGGCUUCGCUCUGAGCUGCAGGCCUUUCUCUCCUCCCACCCUGAGAUAGACUCCAUCCACCUCCUCCGUCAGCUGGAAAUACUGCUACAGAGACAGGAGGAGCAGCAGCGUGUUGUGGAGCGUCUGCUCUCUGCAGACAGACACGCUCUGCAGCUGCAGCACUCCCAGGGGGAGGAGUCAUCUAAAGGGGAGGUGUUAUCCAGGCUGAGGGCGGAACUAGAGGAGAGCAGAGAGCAACUUAACUCCUCCCACAGCACCCAGCAGGAACUACAAAACGAGAUCCGCAAACUCGGACUGUGUAUAGAGGACUGUGAGGAGGCUGUAAGGAUGGAGCAGACCAGAGUCCAGGAGCUACAGCAGGAGCUGGACCAGGAGAGAACUCUCACACACCUCCGGGAGAAGGAAGAGGAGCAGCAGAGAUCAGAGGUCGUGACCCUGAGGGGUCAGUUGGACCAGGAGAGGACGACCUCUAGUAACCUCCGACAGGAACUCCAGAUAGAACUCUCCCGCGGCCACCUCCUCCAAUCACAGCUCGACACACGGCUAGCCGAUGCCCACAAGAAGCUGGAGGAGGAGUGUGCCCGUUCCGCCCGGCAACUCGACACUUUCCAGUCACAGGAAAAGAGUCGGCUGGAACACUUCCUGAAAGAGGCUGAGUCCCGCCUAGCCGACGCCCACGUGAAGGAACUGGAGGCGGAACGCGAGUGCUCCGCCUGGCGUCUCGAUGACAUCACACGCAGACAAGAAGCGGACGCGUCCCGAGACAGGAAGUUCAUCUCGGAGCUCCGCUCUCAACUGGAGCAGGAGAGGAGGCAGGGGGAGGAGCUAGCCACCGUGACAGAUGGGCUGAGGGCGGAACUUCUGCAGAUACGGAGGAGAGUAGAGGAGGAAGAGAGGAAGAGGAGAGAGGAGGCACAGAGAGAACAUGAUGCUGCAGCCCGCCUCCGAGUUACUAUGGAGACACUCAAGGAGCAGAAGCAGGAGGCUAGUCGAGCAUUGGCGACGGAGAGAGAGCGUUCUGGUCGCUUAGGGGCGGAGCUCAAUGUGCUGAGGGAGAGGCUUCGAUCGGUCAAUGACGAGGAGAGGGAGCGGGAGGAACAGAGGGAGAGGGAGAGGAYGAAGGAGAGACAGGAGCAGACGGUGAGAGAGAGGCGACACGAGAGAACCAGCAACAAACUGUGUGAAUUGGAGUUAUUGCGGCAGCAGGACGAGCAGAGGAUGAGAGAUCUCCAGCAGACUCUGGCUGAGCUAGAGAGGGAGGAGAGAGAGAUGGCCACAGAGAGACUGUCCAACCGACACCAGUACAACUCCAGCCCACUCCAACRCAAGAAUAACACCUCGACUGGGCCAGACCAGACCAGCACAGCCCUAUACAACCACCAGUCUUCUUCCUCGGCGCUGGGGGAGAGGUUGUCGAGGGAGAACUCUGACCUGUCGGCCCGCGUGAAGGAGCUGAGUCAGGAGACAGUUAACCUGAAACGCACCCUGUCCUGUCUGGAACGACAGCUACGACAGGCAGAGACUGAGAACCGGCCCAGCACUGACCUCAGCAACAGCAAGCGACUGUAUGAGCGCUAUCUACGGGCUGAGAGCUUUAGGAAGUCUCUGGUCUACCAGAAGCGCUACCUUCUGCUGCUGCUGGGGGGCUUUCAGGACUGUGAACAGGCAACUCUCUGUCUUAUCGCUCGGAUGGGGGCGCACCCCUCGCCCCCCCAUGCCCACACACACUCUCCCCUCUCACGCUUCAGAGCUGCAGUACGAGCUGUCAUCGCCAUCUCACGACUGAAGUUCCUGACCAGGAAGUGGCAGAGAGUCGUCAGGAGAGGAGUUACAACUGUCACUGUCAAAGGACACAGCACAGCUUCCAGGACUGAGGUUUUGAGGCAGCAGCAGCCACUGGCCAAUCACAACUCCUCUCCACCUACUAGAGACAGCAGCCCCACCCGUAAGGGUGUUGUCUCACCAAUGAAAUCACCCUUCAGGCUGCAAAACCGAGUGUAUUCCAACCCGGUCCUGUCCUCUGAGCGUGCUCCGUCCAGUGUUCUGUCCCAGGAUGCUGAGCGGUCUCUGACAGACUACAUCCACCACCUGGAGAAUGUACAGCAACGCCUGGGGGCUGCACGUCCAGUUAGCAGGGGUUACUUAGCCCCGCCUCCAAGUUCCCCUGAUAUGAUUGGCUAUCGGCAGCGGUGGCUGCAAGAGAACAGGACAUGGCUGUACCUCAGCUGUCUGUCCCCCAUCUACCGGUASGGCCCAGACUCUUCAUCUCUUCUCUCCUACCACAAGAAGUCUGACUGCUGAAGGAAGGAAUGAAGCAAUAUAUUUCUGUCGGCCUCCGAGUAAAUCCUAAGAGGUCUUCUCACCCGAAUGCAUGUYUUUUUGAAAGUAUUAGAURGAUAUUUUUCUACCUGACCUUUAUUCAAGUUUGUAUCUGAUUCUGUAUAUAUGUUCGCUGUUAAUAUUUGUUAAAGUUUCAUAUGUGGAUAAAUGUUUCACACUGGAAUUCUGAGCUAGAUCAAAGCUGGUAAACAUGUUUUGUCAAUGAUUUUAAUUUAAUUUUUUUAUAGAUACCAUUUCUACAAAAUCAAUAAAUAUUUGAAUUGUGUGAUUACCUGC